CCGGGGCGGGCGGCGGGGCCCGCCGGGCGGCCGGCGCCAUGGGCACGGUGCUGUCGCUGUCGCCGAGCUACCGGAAGGCCCCGCUGUUCGAGGAGGGGGCGGCCACGGUGGGGCACUACACGGCGGUGCAGAACAGCAAGAACGCCAAGGAGAAGGGCCUGAAGCGGCACUCGCUCAUCUCGGUGCUGCCCUGGAAGCGCAUCGCCGCCGUCUCCGCCAAGAAGAAGAGCUCCAAGAAGGUGCAGCCCAACGGCGGCUACCAGAGCAACGUGACCCACCUCAACAACGAGAACCUGAAGAAGUCCCUGUCGUGCGCCAACCUCGCCACCUUCGCCCCGCCGCCGCCCGCCGCCGCCGCCGCCGCCCUCGCCUCGGCGCAGAAGGUGCCGCCGGCCGCGCCCGCCGCCGCCGCCGCGACCCCGCGCCGGGUGGUGGUGCAGGCGUCCACCAGCGAGCUGCUGCGCUGCCUCGGCGAGUUCCUGUGCCGCCGCUGCUACCGCCUCAAGCACCUCUCGCCCACCGACCCCGUGCUCUGGCUGCGCUCCGUGGACCGCUCGCUGCUGCUGCAGGGCUGGCAGGACCAGGGCUUCAUCACGCCCGCCAACGUGGUCUUCCUCUACAUGCUGUGCCGGGACGUCAUCUCGGCCGAGGUGGCCACCGACCACGAACUGCAGGCAGUGCUGCUCACCUGCCUGUACCUGUCCUACUCCUACAUGGGCAACGAGAUCUCCUACCCGCUCAAGCCCUUCCUGGUGGAGAGCUGUAAGGAGGCCUUCUGGGACCGCUGCCUCUCCAUCAUCGACCUCAUGAGCCCCAAGAUGCUGCAGGUCAACGCCGACCCGCACUACUUCACGCAGGUCUUCGCCGACCUCAAGAAGGAGAGCGGCUCCGAGGAGAAGGGGCGGCUGCUCAUCGGCCUCGACCGUGGUAUGGCGCAUGCAAACAGGAGCAUUUUGUGUCUUCAGAGCAAAAAACACGGAAAAAGGCAAAAAAAACCACGUUAAAAAACAAAACUGGAGGAGAAAAAAAAAACCUGAAUGAGAGAGAUGGCUGGGAAAAAAAUGUGACAGCCAGAGCUGGCUGGAAAAAUGGCACCCAGGGAUGAUGGCUGGGAGAUAACUGCACCCAGGGAUGAUGGCUGGGAGAUGACAGCACCCAGGGAUGAUGGCUGGGAGAUAACAGCAUCCAGGGAUGAUGGCUGGGAGAUGACAGCACCCAGGGAUGAUGGCUGGGAGAUAACUGCAUCCAGGGAUGAUGGCUGGGAGAUAACAGCACCCAGGGAUGAUGGCUGGGAGAUAACUGCACCCAGGGAUGAUGGCUGUAUAAAAAUGACACCCAGAGCUGUCUGGAAAAUGAUACCCAGAGAGGAUGGCUGGAAAAUAACGACAACCAGAGAUGGCUGUAGGAUUGUCACCCAGGCUGCCUGUAGGAUUGUCACCCAGCUGGCUGUAUGGUUGCUACCCAGACUGCCUGUAGGAUUGCCACCCAGCUGCCUGUAGGAUUGCCACCCAGGCUGCCUGUAGGAUUGUCACCCAGCUGCCUGUAGGAUUGCCACCCAGCUGCCUGUAGGAUUGCCACCCAGCUGCCUGUAGGAUUGUCACCCAGCUGGCUGUAUGGUUGCUACCCAGGCUGCCUGUAGGAUUGCCACCCAGCUGCCUGUAGGAUGCCCCGUGCCCAGGAGGCGCCGGCAGCGCGGUGCCGCAGCGCUGAGCCCGGCAGGCCCAGGCACCUCCUGCUGCUUCUGGCUUUUAACCAUUCUCGAUUUUUUCCUCUGUGUGUGUGUUUUCUUUCCCCCUCCGUGUGCACAGCUGUGGCUGGGUUCAGGCCCGUGGGGCGUUUCAGAGGGAGGGAUGCUGUGGCCGCUGCCCGUGGGACCCCGCUGACACCGUUGUCUGUACAGACCUUUUUCUUUUCCUCUCUCAUUUUUUUUAGUGCAAUCUCUUCUGUAGCUCUUUGUUGACCAAAUUGGUGGGUGUUGUUACUGGAUUAAUUUAUACUCGUCUCACUGUGUGUGUGUGGUGUGUUUGUAGGUGUGUGUGGUGGAUAACCCGGCGCCUGUGUCGUGGGGCUCCGUGUGCCUGCCAUCUACCCCCCACCCCUUCUUUUUAUUUAUUUUUGUACUGUGCUGAUGAAAUAAAACUGCACUGACCAUCCAUUA